AGACACUAGAAAGUGUGCGCAGCCGCCGCGUAGCCGACAGCGCUUCUCCACUGAGCUGCGUACGGCGCCUAGCACCUACUACAUCGCUGCGAAACCUGAAGCGCGCACGCCAUCGCUGCGACGUCGAGGCGCACACAGCGACUCCACCACACCACAAAAAGCAAAGCAAUAACCAUGCCGCAAACACCAAAACCACCAAAGACCGUGACCUUCGAGGAGUUCUGGCGACGGGCCGUCUUCGGUAUCAUCUGCGGCACGGUCACGGGCUUCACCGUCGGAGCGGUGGACGCGUACAAGCUUUUCAAGGGAGGAACGGUGAAGCAAACGGACUUGCCACGCGUCGCCUUCCACGAGAUGGGUAGAAGUGCGGUCAUCGUGGCCGGAUUUUUUGGGAUCUAUCAGACCGUGAAGACGGGGCUCGGGUUCGCGGGCGUCGAUUAUCCCGAGGUAAAGGUAGGGACCGCCACAAUGGUGGGUGCGGCGCCUUUAUCAAUAACGCCGGGUUUACGACGGUACGUGCCCUACUGCCUUACGUUGGUGGCCGUGGACACGUACCACUCGUACUUCGCGCCCGGCGCGGACGGGCGGUAGUUCCUCUCUCUGCCUGCUGUGUGUAGUAAUCUUAGUGUGAAGUCAUGUACGGUUGGUGUUCGUGGAUGGAUGCCGCGUAUACUAGCGGCCUGU